AUGGAGAGUAGCGGUAGUAUUCGAGUAAAGCUGAAGUUUGUUUCACAAAGUGGGUUGCCAUCAUAUCACCAAUUUGUUUUGGAUCCAUCAGUGACUACGUUUAAUAAAUUUAUUCAUCUAAUCCGUCAGACAAUCCAAACUGAUGACGUCAUUUCUAUCAGUUGCCUCUCAAGAGACAGGUUUGGUGAACAAACUCAGUGUGUCCUUCUUUCAGACAGUGAUUUUCGGAAGGCUUUGUCUCACUCCUCCGACAAGACUCUCCGUGUUUAUGUUGAAACCAGAGCAAAAAGUGAAGAAAGUUGGGAUAUCGUUGACAAUGAUGAAGUUGUUGAUUCACGAAAUGAUAAUGGCACUCCACAUCAGUUGGACAACCAAAGCAGUCCUAAAUCUUCAAUGAUUCCGAACGUACCGUCUAGACUAUCGAUCUCUAACUCCCUAUCUACUGGUUAUCUUGUGUCUGGUAUCCGAUCUGCUAUGGCAUACAAGGGACUACUUCAAAAUGUCUCCCAACAGUUGGCUAAAACUGUAAAUUCCAUUGAAAAAGCAAUCAACUUCAAAAAUGAAAUCAUUCCCCCAUCUCCAAUCACAGAAUCCGAAUUUCGUGGAUAUAUGGAUAGUAUAGGAAGGUUUGUGCGUCUUCAAGAUUUCUAG